AUGCAGGUCGGCGAGGUGGGAUUCCUGGCACUUGCGGCCGCGGCGUUUCUGGUUUCCACGGUCUGCGUCCUGCCGCUUCAGGAGACCCAUUGCACAGAGCUGAAGGACUUCGUGGAGCCGCAUGAAGGUGAAAGCCGGGAAGAGGAGAGACAGAGAGAGCCUCAGGCGCCGCCUCAGGCGCCUGAUGCGCAAGAGGCUGAAGACGAGGAGAGUGAGCUAGGCGAGCUGGGCGAGCUGUCGGAAGAAACGGACACGGUCGGAGGUGCAACGAGUGCGAGUUGCCAAGAUCUCUCGACGUCUGUGGCCUUUGCCAACGGCACCCUCGGUGCUGUGUUGGAGUUGAAGCUGGUGUUCUUCCUCUUGGGCUGCGUGCCUUCGGUGUCCUUCACCGCCUUCUACUCCUCGAUGGGCUUCUUCAUCGACCGAUGCAAAAAUCCCAGCUUCUUCGCACAGGAGAUGUUGGUGGGCAACGGAGCCGUUCUGCUGGGUUUGCUGCUUUGGACACGGCUUUCAGCUUCCAUCUUUGCUCGUUUGGUCUUGGGCACCUUCUUCUUGUUCCUGGUGGACCUCUUCAUGGCCUUUCCCGAGGACGAAAAAACGAUGUUGGCCUUGGGCUUCCUUCAAGGCCUGUUGAACGUCACGGUCCUCAGCACCACCCUGUCUUUGGCAUCCGAGCUCGAGAACUGUCGCUCCUGGGUGCAUUUGGGCUUUGCGGCUGGCACGCUUCUGCCGGUCUUGGCGGUUCCCUUCACUGGCUUUGGGCCAAAGUCUCCUUUGUCUGUGCGACUGGCAUAUUAUCUUCUGCCCGCGCUAUUCUGUCUGCUAGCCGGCAUGAUGUAUGGAGGCGUCUACCAUCGAAAAGUGGCAGAAGUGAACAGGAUGGGACGGAGAGCGAAGGGAAACUUGGCCGACCUCGUCAUGGCCUAUGCAAAGUCUGAGAGUUCUGAGCCUUCCUCGGCCGAAGCAGCGGCCCUGCCAGCGGCCCCGGCUUGGGCUUUAAACGGUCUCGACAACUUGGCCCUUCUCCUUAUCCUUUGCUAUCAGUUCGCCGCGUACUUCUUUGCAGGAGUGUUCCCAUUCUAUGGGGACGCCACAGCAGCAUUGAUGCUGUACCUUGACAUGAUUGCAGGGGACGUGAUGGGGAACCUGUCAGCUUUUGCGUGGGCGGCCGUAGUGGACUUGUCGAAUCUCGGGCGCGACCUGAAGGAGAGGGAAAGGGCUAGGACCAGGAGCUUAGCCGCGCUGGCGGCUGCAACCUGCUAUGGAGCCUUGCUGCUCCUGCUGCUGAUCGCUGGCGGCACCGCGGGCCUGGGUUUGUGGGGUGCGGCAGAGGCCGCCAAAGACCAUGCCAAUGCUCCCCUGCCGACGCAGCUCUGUUUCGUGACUUUCUUCUUCGGUGCUUUUGCAAAGGGCAGCCUCGACGAGCUCCGACUCGUAGGAGGAAAAUACAACGUUGUCCGAUUUGCUCGGCUUCUUGGAAGCUUGCUGGGCCUCCUUGCGGCACUCCUGUGCUGCCACCUUAACCGCGACUUCUCCCAAGAGAUCUCGCCUACGUCCACGCUCCCCCACAAGGCUCGGUGCUACCUCUCUCCAUGA